AUGUGUGACACAGGCGUUCAGCCACCUCUUGCGGUUGUGGUCCCCGGAAGCCCCGUUAUAACGCAGUUUCAGUGCAUUGUUGAAGGUACCAACUGGAUUGUACCCUUGGGUUUUGCUCCAGAGAGUAUUGUAGUAUUUCUCACAUUCCCUACACUAUUAAAUCCCGGUACCGCACUGGGCAUUUAUCUCGCCCGAGAGGAUGAUAGGGCAUUUGCAUAUGUUGGACAUUUAUCGAAUACAGCACCCAGUGCCAUAUUGCGUGUUCCAUCAACAUUUAUCAACAUUGAUUCUCCCGUACGUGUCUUACUGGGAGUCAGCACUGAGCGAGAGGUGGAUAUUGCGAAUUUAGACGAUGCAACAAAACAGCAACAGGAACAAGAUAGAGCGGCUACAAAACUGGCCUUAUCAGAGCGACUUGCGGAGGAUUUGUAUAAUUUUGUGACUUCGUACGGCCGGGUGGUGCCCGCGGAGCAAAAUGACGGGAAGUCGGAGGAGGCCGUGUUUCUUCCCAUGUCAUUUGUAGACCGCUGGCGUGAGCGUGUGAUGAAAAGGAUGCGGAAGGAACUGGCCUUUUGGAGUUGA